GUCCGACGGGGCUCGGAGGGACACUGGAGAGAGACAGAGACAGAGAGGGACACCAGGUUGUUGUUGUAUCGGAAAAUACCUUCGCUGCAGUUUCUCACACUGCACCCUCUGGAUUGAAACACACCGCAGUUUCCUCUCGGAGUUGACGAAGAGGGAGGGAGCGCGCUGAGAGGGAUACAAACAGGGUUUUCUCCCACGCUGCGAUAAGUUUGUACGCGGAGUUUGAGGAGUAGUUUCGGGGGUGAGCUGCCUGCUGCGCUUCCCUCCUUGCCCGGCCAGCCAGCCAUAAGUUAGCCCGCUGUCUUCGUCCAGCUGCGCGGUGAAUCAUGGCGCUCAGAGCCAGGGCGCUGUACGACUUCAACUCCGAAAACCCCGGAGAGGUGUCGGUGAGGGAGAAUGAGAUCUUAACUUUGUACAGCGAGCAGGACAUUGACGGCUGGUUUGAGGGGGCGAACAGCAAAGGAGAGAGGGGACUGUUCCCCGCGUCCUACGUGGAGAUCCUGAGGAGCGACGCCGCCUCCACGCUCAACAACAACAGCUGCAGCACAUCUGGGGACACUUACCCGGACUCCCGGUACGCCAACAUCCCGUCCGGAGGUUUUGACGGCUCGUAUAAGCCCCCGAAUAAAGUUGAGAACUUUUCCAAACCGUCUGCGCCUAGUUUCACCACUUUCUCAGCUCCCGCACAAACACAGCAGCAGCACACCUACCAGCAGGCCAGUCCAGGGAGCGAUGAUGACUGGGAUGAUGACUGGGAUGAUAGCUCAACUGUUGCAGAUGAGCCUGGGACUGUAGGAGGAAGGUAUCAUGACUUUGAAGGCAAUGGGCCAUCCACUUACAGGGUGUCAACGUCCUCAAUGUCAAGAGGUAACGCACAGCAAGCAAAGAGCUCUGCCACAGUCAGCAGAAACCUGAACAGGUUUUCAACCUUUGUGAAGUCGGGAGGAGAGGCGUUUGUGCUCGGGGAGGCGUCUGGUUUUGUGAAGGACGGGGAUAAGCUAUGCGUGGUGAUGGGUCAGUAUGGCCCUGAGUGGCAGGAGAACCCGUACCCCUUUUCAUGCACAAUCGACGACCCCACUAAACAAACCAAGUUCAAGGGCAUGAAAAGCUACAUCUCCUAUAAGCUGACACCUACACACACGCAGAACCAGGUGAACAGGAGGUAUAAGCACUUUGACUGGUUGUACGCUCGGCUGGUGGAGAAGUUUCCUGUUAUUUCAGUGCCACACAUCCCUGAGAAACAGGCCACAGGGCGCUUUGAGGAGGACUUCAUCUCCAAGAGGAGGAAAGGCCUCAUAUGGUGGAUGAACCACAUGACCAGCCACCCUGUCCUGGCCAGGUGUGAUGUUUUCCAGCACUUCCUCACCUGCAACAGCACAGAUGAGAAGGCCUGGAAGCAGGGGAAGAGGAAGGCAGAGAAGGACGAGAUGGUCGGAGCCAACUUUUUCCUCACUAUCAGCACCCCGGCGGCUCCGCUAGACUUCCAGGAGGUGGAGAGCAAAAUAGACGGGUUCAAGUCUUUCACCAAAAGGAUGGACGACAGCGCCUUGCAGCUGAACGCCACUGUCAGUGAGUUCGCCCGCAAGCAGAUCACUGGCUUUAAGAAGGAGUAUCAGAAAGUGGGGCUGUCAUUCAAGGUCCUAAGCCAAGCCUUUGAAAUGGACCAGCAGCCGUACUCUGCUGGGCUCAACCAGGCGAUCUCUUUCACCGGGGAGGCGUAUGAAUCCAUCGGGGAGUAUUUUGCUGAGCAGCCCAGCAAGGAUCUCGACCCCAUCAUGGAUUUGUUAGCUCUUUACCAAGGACACCUGGCAAACUACCCCGACAUCAUCCAUGUCCAGAAAGGAGCCCUGACGAAGGUGAAAGAGAGCCAGAAGCAUGUGGAGGAGGGCAAGAUGGACAGGGCGCAGGUGGAAGGCAUCGACGAGCGCUGCAACAUCAUCUCCUGCGCCACGCUGGCUGAGAUCCAGCACUUCCACCAGAUCCGCGUGCGCGACUUCAAGGCGCAGAUGCAGCACUACCUACAGCAGCAGAUCGCCUUCUUCCAAAAAAUCACAGGCAAGCUGGAGGAGGCUCUGCAGAAAUAUGACAACGCGUAGUGGAUCGCUUGUCUCUGUCCAUCGGUUUUGACCUUGGUGAUAAAUGACACGUGCCCCUCCCUCGACCAGCCAGUGGAGUUUUGGCGAACAGCCGCCGGUGCCACAUACUGGUGAAUGCUGUUCAAACCAGCAGGGAGGGACAUUCAAGGAGGUGACGCUCCAGUAAUAACGACAUUUCAACCAAAUCCAGGUUUCUGUGUGAGUUGGCCACAUUUUGUAGGGGGACUGGAUGUUUUUCUUUAAGAGAAGACAUGUAAUUUAAAGAAAGGCGGACGUGUAAUAUGAACAGUCUUAUAGAUUUAAUGAGAAUCAGUGAUCAUGAUGGUGCACCUCCUGGUUUCCUAAGAGGGUGAAUUAAAGCUAAUAAUGUGAUGACCCGCAGAGAGAAAGAGCUGCAUACACACUCGGUGCAAGAUUUCAUAUAUCACAUGUUUUUAGCCUUACAACACUGUUUUAAACUGACUGUUUAUAAGUGACUGUCACUCCAGGAGCAGCAACGCUCCAGUGGCAAACACACUGCCUUCCGAAAACACUUAAGCCCUUCCCAGUAUCUCUCUCCUCGGACAAACAGGACGAAAUGUUUACACUUCUCCUGGCUGAGCAGCCACUGUCACCACUGUCGCGCUGUGCCUUCUGAUUACGUCUCUCUGGUCAGUUUUGUUACUAGUUACUAAAAAGCUUUAUAUUCUGUAUAUGUAGAACUAUAUUCUAUUUGUUUUUACAAAGCUACAAAUUUUGCAGUCUUUGAAAAAAAAGAUCACUGUGCUUUGAAUGAGCAGCGUCUUUUAUGGCAAAUAAUAUUGUUUGAUUAUGCCAUUUUUAUUCCCCCCAGUUGAUUUUCAACACGCACAGUGUGACAAAAUCAGGAUCAAGAGAGGAUUACCUGCUUUCACAAUAGGAACCCAUGCCUUACACAGGGCACAGCCAGCGCUGGUGCUGAUUUAAGCUUGCAGAAUUUGAGGGAUGAGUAUGAUGGACACUUACUACACUGAAUCAUUUGUGUCGACAAAACAUUGGUUUUCAGGCUUAGUUUUGGGGAAGUGUUCAGAGGCAGGCUGUUAGAGGGUCGAGGGUUCCUCACCUAUUUUAAUAAUGCAGUCUCUUUAAUCACACUUCUAGACAGUUCGACUCCACUGCUGUUUUUAACCUUGACGAUGUUGGUUGCAUCAUGAGGAGAUUUGAUAUAGAAGCAGAGACGCUGAAUAAAUUUCCUCCUUCACAGAAA